ACACCUGCUGCAGCCUCAGACAUACAGCAACGCACAUGAAUGCGUCCAACAGACUUCAUAUGACCGCGUUUUCAGGGAUUAACACGUGAUUAUAACAGCCAGGCUUCAAUAAACGCUGGAUUGUGUGUUACUGUUAUUUCUCACUUAUUUCAUCUCAGACUGACAGAUGGCGUGAAACAGAUGGGUGGAAAAUAGGACACGAAACACCAACAAGACAAACACGAGCUCUACUUCAGUGUAUCAUUGAUAUAAACACUGAGGAAUUAUGGUGGAUAACAGACACGCAACGGCUCUGGUCAUUGCCGGUGUUUUAAGUGCGCUAGCGUCCGUGUAUCUGUCGGUGUCGGUGGGUUCGCCGCACUGGUACCGGUACACGAGCCCUCCUGUGCGCGCGGAGCCCAACGCCACGGAGCUGCGCGCGCUGCAGGGCGAGUUUCUGGAUGGAGAAUUUGAUGAGAAAACGGUGAGCGACGCGAUGUUCCGCAUGAACGGAACGCUCGGACUAUGGUGGAGAUGCAUUCAUACUCCGACUGAUGCGCACUGGUACAGAGAUCCAGAUCCAAAGAUGGUUCUGGAGUGUGCAAGUUUUACUCUCUCACAACAAUUCACCCCAAAAUACAAAGAACCGGGAAAUCACAACAGUGGAGAAGACACAAUACGAACUUAUCUUUGGAGGUGUCAGUUUUUGCUGCCGCUGGUCUCUUUGGGUCUGGUGGUUCUGGGCGGUCUGUUGGGUUUCUGUGCCUGUCUGUGUGGCAGCCUCACUCCUGUGCUCUUCAUCGGUUUGUUGCACCUGCUGGCAGGCCUGUGUUCUUUAGCUACCGUGUGUUGUUUUCUGGCUGGAGUAGAUCUGCUGCACCGCGUUUCUGUGUUUCCCGAUAACGUGGAUGGAACUCUGGGCUGGUCGCUGUAUCUGGCGCUCAUCGCGUCUCCUCUGCACAUGAUGGCAGCUGCACUGCUGGUGUGGGCCGCUCGCAGCCACGGUCAAACCUACUAUCGCAUGACUGCAUACAGAGUAGCAUAAUAGAUCAGACAUGUGAUCGAUCUCAGAAGAUAUCUGUAUGGAUUGUGAUCUUGAUCCUGAUGUUUUUAUUCUAAUCUGUUUUGGAUUCUUCAACUUUUGAUGAAAGGAUAUCAGGAUAAAAUGAGCUGUCAGAUCAUAGAAAGACUGUGUGUAUGUGUAUGUGUGCGUGCGUGCGUGUGUGUGUGUGUGUGUGUGUGUGUGUUGAGCUAAUGUAUAGCACUCUCAGUCAGUGUGUUAUCUAAAGAGAUCAGGUUUGAGGCAGGGUCCAUCAUUAACUAUUAUUGAGGAUGGUUGGGGAACAUCACAUGUUAGGGUUAUCUCUUUUAGAUAUUUUUUGAAUUACUGACAAACAGGACAAAAUUCUUGUUAAGAAUGUGAUUUAUGAGUGUGCCAGUGUUAAACAUCUAUUUGAUUUGAAAAUCUGUUUAAUGUUUUACUCUUUAUUGGUUGUUGGUAAGUAUUGAUGCUUGACCCUGAAUCAGUUUUACGGUGAUCUCUGAAAAUCUGCAUGUGGUCUCGCCCAUAAAUUUAUUUAAAAACAAGAAAUAAUUCUUGAAUCUUGACUAACACAAAAUUGAAUAUUAAUCAGAAUGUUCAGACUGCUUGUGUUUGCUUUAUGUGCUUGAGCACUUUUUUUUAUCAGAAGAGUUUUCAUGUCUCCUGUGGGUCAACAUAAAACUUAAAAUUAUUUUCCUUUUGAGUGUUUUAAAGUAAAGUGAUAUUUUAUCGAUGAUUCAUAGUUUGUGUAUUGUAAUGCUCUUUAUAACUUUGUACAAAAUUUAACUUAUUUAUUAUAAGUAUACUUCUGUUAUUUAUUGUCAUUUGUAUUUAGUCACUCUAAAAAUGGCUGAGUUAAAUUUUGACCCAUAAUGAGUAAAUAUUGGAAACAACACACCGCUGGGUUAAAUUGACCCGACACUAAGUUGUUUUAUGGGUCAUUUUUAACCCAGCAUGUGUUCUGUCCAAUGUUAUAGAUUAUAGCUCAAAAAUAACCCAGACAUUUUUAGAGUGAUGAUUGAUAUAUUAGCUUUACAUUUAUCCUCAUAAGUUUACACACCUUGCAGAAUAUUAAUAAUUGAAAAGAAUAAAGUGAGCUCAUAGAAAUUGCAGUUUGCUUUUUAUUUAGUAGACUACAAAUUAUCAAAUCAAUUUAUUUCAAUGUAUUUUUUACACAACACAACCUUACAUAUAGGCCAGAAAAAUAAAAAAGUUUAAUUACAAUAAUAGACUUAUAAACUACACUAAUAAAAUAACCCAAAUCAAAAUCCUUUUUCUUCAUAUUCAACCCCUUUUUCAACAGUGAAAAUAUGUAAGGAUUUAUAUUUUCACAUUGUGUACGACUGAGACUCAACAAUUACAAAGAUACAAUCAGUCACUGUUGCUCAAGAAGACAACCCGACACA